UAAAAAUGCAGCUGGCAGGAGCAUUUAAAGCUGAGUCAGAUCUAGUUUUAAACUUUUUAUGUCUGGAGUCAGGAUGUUGCUGAUUUGGAAUUUGGGUCUGGUUUUCCUACUUACUGGCGCGUCAUAUGCACUUAAGGUUUGCUAUGAUGAGCUGGGCUGCUUUGAUGAUCUUCCUCCUUGGGGGGGCACAACCCAGAGACCAGCUUCUGCCUUGCCCUGGCACCCAGAGGAAAUUGGCACUCGGUUCCUCCUUUUCACCCAACAGAACCAAUACUACCAGGAGAUCAAAGCUGACCAAACCAUUGAGGCAUCCAACUACGGCAGUAAGAGAGCUACUCAAUUCAUCAUUCCUGGUUAUCUGGUGAAAGGAGAUGAGGACUGGCCACAGGAAAUGUGUAAGGUUAUGCUGAAACGGGGGAAUGUGAACUGCAUUGUGGUGGAAUGGAAGAAAGGCGUUAAGACUCGGUAUGUUCAGGCUGCCAACAAUGCCAGAGUGGUGGCUGCCCAGGUGGCGUCCAUGAUCACAUUCCUCAUGGAGCACUACAAACAGAGAGCUGAUAAAUUCCGCAUUAUCGGACACAGCCUGGGAGCUCAUGCUGCAGGAGAGGCCGGUAGUAAAAUUCCUGGCCUGGCACGAAUCACAGGACUGGACCCAACUGAACCUUACUUCCAAGGCACUGAUCCAUCUGUCCAUCUAGAGACCAGUGAUGCCACUUUUGUGGAUGUCAUUCACACUGAUGGACUUCCAUUCAACUCAAAACUUGGUCUGGGUAUGUCAGAGUCUGUGGGUCACGUUGACUUUUACCCCAAUGGAGGAGAACUCAUGCCUGGCUGCUCUGCCAACAAAGGCAGUGCCACUGAUCUUGAUGCCAUUUGGGAGGGUACCAAAAAGUUUGAUGCCUGUAACCAUGCUCGAGCCUAUGAGUACUACAGCGAGAGCAUUAUUCAAUCCAAAGGUUUUGUAGGAUACCCCUGCUCUGACAAGGACAGCUUUGCUUUUGGAAAGUGUUUCCCAUGCACAGACAGCAAUUGCCUUCUGAUGGGCCAUUAUGCUGACAGCUUUAAUGUGACUGAUGGCAUUUCAAGGAUGACGUACUUCCUCAACACAGGCAGUUCAAAGCCAUUUGGCCGUUACAGAUGGAAAGUGACCGUGACCCUAGAUGGUCCCAUGUGGCCGAACCUAGGUUCCAUGUAUGUGGCACUUGAUGGAACCAGUGACAGCACCAAAGAAUUCCAGCUUCAUGUGGGCACAAUGACGCCUGGAAGGAACUAUGAUAUGCUGAUUGAUGCUGAGGUGGACGUGGGUGAAGUGACAGAGGUGAAGUUUCGGUGGAACAACCACAUAAUUAAUCCCUUGAAACCCAAGUACGGUGCUUCCAAGGUGGAGCUGCAGAGAGGAAAAGACAGCAAGAUUGUCAGCUUCUGUGGAACAGGAACUGUGGUGGAGAAUGCAAUCCAGUCUGUGCUUCCCUGCCGUGCUUAACCAACCACAACCACCAAUUUAGUCAGUAAAGAUUUUGCAUUUAAACAUGUUCG